ACCUUAGUUUUCCAACAACUUUAUUUUAAAAGGCUUUUUUCCACCGUCGUGCGUGUGUGCGCCUUCACUGUUCGAUGAGUCUAUUUAACCUGCGCUCAUUUCGCCAACUGCAUCCUUUCUUUCUCUCUCUCUCUCUCUCUCUCUCUCUCUCUCUCAACCCUCCAACGAUUUUGCAUCGCCCGGUUUUAUCAGUUUGAGCAGCGAGGAUCGCCACUGCAGCUUCCUCUGUAGGGUGCUGAUGAACAUUUUCAGCAAUAUAUUCACCUCGUCUGUCUCUCUGACCGCAGCUCGGGGUUUGUGCUCCUGUCCUUGGUGCUGAAACUGCUUCAGCUCAGCUUUUACACUGCAGCACCAUAUUCUACUUACACUUUGCUGUAGCCUUAACGCAGAAGUGUGUGUUACCGCACAAUGAUUUAGUUCAAAAUGAUCUUAAUAACAAUUUAAAGUCACCGUCGGCGAGUAUUCUUCUUCUUCUUCUUCUUCUUCUUCUUCUAAUUAUUAUUAUUUUAUAGAUGGUUUAACAAGAUUCAGAAAAUCAAUUACAAAUUGCUGACAUAUUUAGGCUUUGUUUAUUUUUGUAGAAUCGAGGUUUAAAAAAAAAAAAAUAGACAGAGAGACAGAGAGAGAGAGAGAGAAAGAGAGAAAAGGGGAAGUGGAGAUUGUUUCCAAUUUCAGUCGUCCUGAAGAAAGAAGAAACUUUCUCAGACAUUGGAUGAAUAUCUCCGAAGCUCUGUUGGAUGUUCCUACUGGAUAGGCUGUGAUUGUCGCAGUUUUGUGAGUCGAACUUGGCCGAACCCAAAUGAGAGUUUGAAGCUCUGGCCCGGGAGGAAGCGCUCUUUUUUCCCCGAUGGAGGCGUCCACCCACGGCUCGUGCUCCGGCUCCGGCUUUGGCAUCGACUCUCUGCUGUCCCACAGACCCGGAAGUCCGGUGGUGGUCGUCGCCAAGGGUAACGGCGGCUUGGAAGGAGAAUGCCGGUCUCCGCCGGAGUUCAGCGCCGCGUCGGACGCGGAGAGCGUGUGCUCGAGCCCGCCGUCGCCGAGGCGCGAGGAGCGCGAGGAAGACGAGGAGCGCGAGGCGCACGAGCAGAGGCGAGGCCGCGCGCUCGCGCUGCCGUCCCACACGCACCACGGCCCGGUGUCCGCCGCGCCCCAGCCGCGCACCGUCACCUCCUCCUUCCUGAUCAGAGACAUCCUGGCCGACUGCAAGCCGCUGGCCGCGUGCGCCCCGUAUUCCAGCAACGGGCAACCGACGCACGAGGCGAGCCGGUUAGCGUCUAAAGUGGCGGACGAGUUCAUCGAGAAAAUCCACAGCAACUCCUCUUCAGAUGGAGAAUACAACAAAGUGAAGGAAGAAGGAGACAGGGAGAUUUCCAGCAGCAGAGACAGCCCGCAGGUGCGACUGAAGAAGCCGCGGAAAGCGCGCACCGCCUUCACCGACCACCAGCUCGCGCAGCUCGAGCGCAGCUUUGAGCGCCAGAAGUACCUGAGCGUGCAGGACCGCAUGGAGCUCGCGGCCUCUCUCAACCUCACCGACACGCAGGUGAAGACCUGGUACCAAAACAGGAGGACGAAGUGGAAGAGGCAGACGGCGGUGGGACUGGAACUCUUAGCGGAAGCCGGGAACUACUCGGCCCUACAGAGGAUGUUUCCGUCGCCGUAUUUCUACCCGCAAGGGCUGGUGUCGGGUCUGGACCCCGGAGCGGCCGCGCUGUCCUACCUGUGCCGGGGCGCCGGAGCUCCUCCCCCCGCUGCUCCUGCGGCUCUGCAGCGGCCGCCGCUCGUACCGCGGAUUCUCCUGCACGGGCUGCAGGGCGGACACGAGCCUCCGCCGCCUCUCCCCCCGCUGCCCGGGGUGGUACUGCCCAGACCCACCCCACCACGAUGAGCUCUCCCGGCUCGGACUUUACUCUUAAGACCAUUGACUGGAAACUUGGUCUAUACUUAUUAAGACACACACAUACAAACACACAUACACACACACACACACACACCUGGCAGCUCUGGACUUCAACCUUACUGUUGACUAAAGGAUCGAGAAUAUAUAUUAUAUCAUAAAGCCAAUAUAUAUGCUUCUUAAAUGAAGAAGCAAACUCUAAGUUGAUGAUAUUGUUACCGCUAUUAGUCAUAAUUUAUGUAAUUAUUUAUGCCCUUUUUUGUAUUUAACUUAUAUAUUUAUAUAGGAUUAUUGUUUGUUAUCAUUUAUGUUCAGAAAAAAAAAGAAAUGUUUCAGAAAUGUUUCUAAAGGACGCAAUAAUAACAAAAAAAAAAAAAAAAAGAACAAACCACAUGAUGGGCUAUUAUUAUUAUUAUUAUUAUUAUUAUUAUUAUUAUUAUGGGCAGUGAUAGAUAUAGUUAUGAUUAUAGUAAUAGCCCCUGUGUUAAAUUUUUAAAAAAUCUCUUGAUUAUCGAGACAAAAAAACACAACAGACGAAAAGCAGUUCUCAUUUCUUUUCUUUUUUUUCUUUCAACUGUAAAAAAUUAAACGUAUAAGAUUCGUGUAAAUAGGAAUAUUUGGGUCAACAGCAAAUCUAGGUUUUCAUAUAGGUUUUUAUUUUAUUUAUUCCUUUUUAAGUCUUCUUCCAGGCGAAGAUGUUCAAGGACACGUCCAUAAAAAUGAAAACGCCUUCAUGUAAUAAUUCUCAUGGAUUUCAGCAGAAUCAAAGAAUAUCCAAGUCCAGUAAAAACACCCCUUUUCUGUUUUUUUUCCCCCAGCGGCUAUAAAUGUAAAGACAGAAUGUACUGAAGUGGAUGGAAAAGAUGAAAUCAGUUGUGAAGAACAUUUGUGCUCAGAAACCUUUUAGAUAUAAAAAAAAAAACAAAAACAAAAAACAGGUCUAUUUCAAAAAUAAUAUUUUGCCAUAUGAAAUGGAACUAACUCUGAAUUGCUGCCAUAUUUAAAGCUUAGGGUUGCCAGAUUGUAAUCACUGUUUACAUCCCACUCUUUUAAACUCGUCCCAAUUCAUUAGCCUAUAAAUCAACUCAAUGUACUCACCAAAUGUGACUGAAGUAUGCCUCGUCCAGGUUUCCCAGCCCAAAGAAAUGAGAAAAUACUCCACAUUGAGUGGAAUGGAUUCAUCUGGCAACCCUGCUUCAAACCUGUCUGGGAUUAAACAAUAUUCGUGACACGUAAAAGCCCCACAAAAUGUCACGUUGCUUACGAGUUGUGAUGAAUGUCACGUUAAAUAAUAGGCUGCGAUUUUAUUUUAUUUUUUUCCUUUUUAUUUUUUGCCAGUUUUAACCCUAACCUGAUGUGUUAGAGCAGAUAUUGUGCAUUAAUUCUGUAUAGAGCCGUUGUUAUUCUUUCUUUGGUGAAGGUGUAUAUUGAGAAUAUUGAUUUGUGCAGUGAUUCUUGUCUUUAGCCCUCCUCCUUUGUGCUUAUAGUGGUAUGAAUUUUUGGGGUUUAAAAAAAAAAAAAAAAACUCUUAUAGCUGCUGAAUGCACAGGGAUGGGGAGGCUUGAGGUAAUAAGGAGAAUUACUUUUAUAAAUGUGCAAAUAAAGAUCUUUCACUAAAUUAUAUGAUGUGGAAACGUGGGAAGUGAACAAACCUUUACCUUUACGUGUUCAAUUAAAUCGUACAUUAUUU